CAGGUCGAGCAGCGCCUCGCCAAAGUUGAAGCAUCUCAAGCGAACCACUCGCUGCGGCUCGACAUCAUGGCCCAAGAAAUCCAAUCGCUCAAGCGAGCCCUCAACAUCGUGCAGACUGCUGAUCCUCCCCCGCCUGCCAACGCGACGAACAACUUCCAGAGGAAGACCGACCCGUGCAUUCUGGCCCGCAUGCCCACGGGCGACCUCACGGACUUGCGCGUUCCCGAGGACAAGAACACGUUCCAGAUCCGUGGCGAGUUGCCACCAAGCAGGCCCGCAUAA